CCCAAGGUGAAGUGCAUCGCCGAGGAAAAUAGCACCCAUGGCCACUGCAAUCGCUAUAGACAAUGGCCUAAACAAGGAUACGUAGACAGGGCCUUUCAGAUGUUGACCCCAUGUGUGGGUAAGCGCGCUGAACAUUGAAACGAAGAAUCCCUGAGAAUGAAGUGUUAGUUGUUUUUAGUACUUAUUUAAGGAUCGAGUUGUUUUAAUUAAAUUUUAAUUAAUGUCUUUUCUUUUAAUCUUUAGAUACCCACUAACAAUCUCCCCAUUAGAGCACUCUUAUUGAGAGAGAGAGCAUCAGACCAUUCUUGUGAUGCAUUUAAAUGGGAACCACAUUUUAAAAAAAAAUUAUGAAAUAACUAUUUUUGCAUAUUUAUUUAAAAUAAAGUUACAAAAUAAAUGAAACUAAUUUUCUUAUAUAAACAAUCUAAUGAAAUUACAUAAUGUAUAAAUAGUUUUUAAAAAUGAUUUCAUUUAGCUGUUUGUUUUAUAAAAUGUAUAAUGAUUAUAAUACAUAAAUUUUGCAUAAAUUAUUUAAUAUAUUUUAGUGAUAUUAAAAUUGUUAUUUUUAGUUUUAUAUAAGAGCUUUAGAAAACUCAGGACCUGUUCUCAUUAAACAUUUUAAAAAAUAAUAUCAUUUAGAAGUGGACAUGUGGAUGAAAGGUUUCUGAAAAAUAUCUCAACAGUUUUCUUUACAAGAUUUUAAAAUUAAAUGAAACUUAGCAAAAGGAAAAGGAAAAAGAAAGUGAUUAAAAAGGAAACUCGGAUUUUUGAAAAUAAAGAAAGAAAAAAGAGCCGACGUAGAACCCCUCCUCUAUAUGUAUAUAGGUUAUUAGGACAAGGGCACAGCUGGAGUCAUCUGUGUAAGACGGAGUAAUGGAAGAUCUUCCGAGCAUGACCGUGAGUCAGCGCGACCAGUUUCUGGUGUUAAACGAUGUCUUCCGGAUAUACAGUGACUUUGACGCCAGCGACAUUGCUACUCAGAUAUUCACGGUGGAGAUUCAGCGCGACAAGCAGUUGGAUUAUCUGAUGAAUGGCUUAAGGCAUCUAGGCCCCUCGUUUUCGUCCUUAGAUGCUAAUCGACCAUGGAUUUGCUACUGGAUUCUUCAUUCAAUUGCUUUGCUUGGGGAGUCUGUGGACGAUGAACUAGAAAACAAUACCAUCGACUUUCUUGGACGCUGUCAGGGCUCUGAUGGCGGAUACGGCGGUGGUCCUGGCCAAGUAAGUAUAUGCCUAUUUCUUGAAAACUUGUGGAUCAAUAUCAGUUCAUGUGUCUGGAAACUUGAAAGGAAGACCAGAUCGUUAUAUUCUCUUGCACAUCUUGCAACAAGUUAUGCUGCAGUGAAUACACUUGUUACUUUAGGAGGUGACAAAGCCCUUUCUUCAAUUAAUAGAGAAAAAAUGUCUAGCUUUUUAAGACGAAUGAAGGAUCCAGACGGAGGUUUCAGGGUGCAUGAUAUGGGAGAAAUGGAUGUGCGAGCGUGCUACCUUGCGAUUUCGAUUGCAAGCAUCCUGAACAUUUUGGAUGAUGAACUCACCCAAGGCUUAGGAGAUUACAUUUUGAGUUGCCAAACUUAUGAAGGUGGCAUUGGAGGAGAGCCUGGCUCCGAAGCUCACGCGGGGAACACAUACUGUGGGCUGGCUACUAUGGCUUUAAUCACUGAAGUCGACCGCUUGAACUUAGAUUCAUUAAUGAAUUGGAUUGUACAUCAACAAGGAGUAGAAAGGGGAUUUCAAGGUCGGACGAACAAGCUGGUUGAUGGCUGCUACACUUUUUGGCAGGCAGCCCCUUGUGUUCUACUACAGAGAUUAUAUUCAGCCCAUGAUCUGGUACUUCAAGGAUCAUUACAUAUGUCCCAACCGAGAGAUGAAGAUCACGAGGAACAUGCUCAUGAUGAAGAUGAUCCUGAAAGUGAUGACGAUGACUCUGAUGAGGACAGCAAUGAAGAUUGUAGGAGGGUGCAACCUGUUUUUGACAGCCUCAACUUGCAGAGAUAUGUGAUCUUGUGCUCUAUGGUUCCUGAAGGUGGAUUCAGAGACAAGCCGGGGAGACCCCGGGACUUCUACCACACAUGUUACUGUCUAAGCGGUCUCUCCGUGGCUCAACACGCUUGGUCAAAAGACAAAGAUACUCCGCCGUUGAAUAGUGACAUUUUGGGUAGCUAUGCUAAUCACCUUGAACAAGUUCACCUCCUCCACAACGUUGUCAUGGAUCGGUACAACAAAGCCAUAGAGUUCUUCCAUAGAGCAGUAUAAUCUGUGCUCGCCACAUUUGGGAAACUCCCAAGCCAGUAUUAGAGAGUUCUGGUUGUGUUGUAUGUGCAACUUUUGAACAAAAGUUAUAGUGUUUUACUGAUUUAACCUUGAAUUAUUGAGUUUAUUUUCACUUUAAUGUGUAUUUACAUAUAUAUUUGGUCGUACGAAUAAUUCAAAAAGUUGGAUGAUUGUUGAAA